GGCCCGGGCAACGCGGGGCCCUGUGCGACCGUGUCGGUGUUCCCUGGAGCCCGCCUUCUCACGAUCGGCGACGCGAACGGCGAGAUCCAGCGGCACGCGGAGCAGCAAGCGCUGCGCCUUGAAGUGCGCGCCGGGCCGGACGCAGCGGGCAUCGCCCUGUACAGCCAUGAAGAUGUGUGUGUGUUCAAGUGCUCAGUGUCCAGAGAGACGGAGUGCAGCCGCGUGGGCAGACAGUCCUUCAUCAUCACCCUUGGCUGCAACAGCGUCCUCAUCCAGUUUGCUACACCCAAUGAUUUCUGUUCUUUCUACAACAUCCUGAAAACCUGCCGGGGCCAUACACUGGAGCGCUCUGUGUUCAGCGAGAGGACAGAGGAGUCCUCAGCCGUGCAAUAUUUUCAGUUCUAUGGCUACCUGUCCCAGCAGCAGAACAUGAUGCAGGACUAUGUUCGGACAGGCACCUACCAGCGCGCCAUCCUGCAGAACCACACUGACUUCAAGGACAAGAUCGUUCUCGACGUGGGCUGUGGCUCUGGGAUCCUGUCGUUUUUCGCCGCCCAAGCUGGAGCCAGGAAAAUCUAUGCAGUGGAGGCCAGCACCAUGGCCCAGCAUGCUGAGGUCCUGGUGAAGAGUAACAACCUGAUGGACCGCAUCGUGGUCAUCCCUGGCAAGGUUGAGGAGGUCUCGCUGCCCGAGCAGGUGGACAUCAUCAUCUCAGAGCCCAUGGGCUACAUGCUCUUCAAUGAGCGCAUGCUGGAAAGCUACCUCCAUGCCAAGAAGUACCUGAAGCCUAGCGGAAACAUGUUCCCUACCAUUGGUGAUGUCCACCUUGCACCCUUCACGGAUGAGCAGCUGUACAUGGAGCAGUUCACCAAGGCCAACUUCUGGUACCAGCCAUCUUUCCAUGGAGUAGACCUGUCAGCCCUUCGAGGUGCUGCCGUGGAUGAGUAUUUCCGGCAGCCUGUGGUGGACACGUUUGACAUCCGGAUCCUGAUGGCCAAGUCUGUUAAGUACACAGUGAACUUCUUAGAAGCCAAAGAAGGAGAUUUGCAUAGGAUAGAAAUCCCAUUCAAGUUCCACAUGCUGCAUUCAGGGCUGGUCCAUGGCCUGGCCUUCUGGUUUGACGUCGCUUUCAUUGGAUCUAUAAUGACAGUGUGGCUAUCCACAGCGCCAACGGAGCCCCUGACCCACUGGUACCAGGUCCGGUGUCUAUUUCAGUCACCACUCUUUGCCAAGGCCGGGGACACGCUCUCAGGGACAUGUCUGCUUAUUGCCAACAAAAGACAGAGCUAUGACAUCAGUAUUGUGGCCCAGGUGGACCAGACAGGCUCCAAGUCUAGUAACCUGCUGGACCUGAAGAACCCCUUCUUCAGGUACACGGGCACGACACCCUCGCCCCCCCCUGGCUCGCACUACACAUCUCCCUCAGAGAACAUGUGGAACACAGGCAGUACCUACAAUCUCAGCAGUGGGGUGGCUGUAGCCGGGAUGCCCACUGCCUAUGACCUGAGCAGUGUUAUUGCUGGUGGCUCUAGUGUGGGCCACAACAACCUGAUUCCUUUAGCCAACACAGGGAUUGUCAAUCACACGCACUCCCGGAUGGGCUCCAUAAUGAGCACGGGCAUUGUCCAAGGCUCCUCAGGUGCGCAGGGCAGCGGCAGUGGCUCCAGCGCCCACUACGCAGUCAACAACCAGUUCACCAUGGGUGGCCCUGCCAUCUCCAUGGCCUCACCCAUGUCCAUCCCGACGAACACCAUGCACUACGGGAGCUAGGUGCCUCCGGCCACAACGAGACGCCACUGUGCACUGACAGCACCAGGAAACCAAAUGAAGCCCCGCCGGCCGCCCAGCUGCCCCCUUGUUCUGGAGAAGUACGAUCACCUGGUCACAGCCCUCUUUGCUAUGGGAACUUGGACACUUUUGUACACGAUGUUGCCGCUGCCCUCAAGUACCCCCAAGCCCACCCCUCGGCUCUGUGUGCGUGUCGCUGCCAUAUUUUACAUGAGAUCCUGUCGGGACAGCCCUGUCCCAUCCUCUCCACUCUGACCCGGUUUUGACAUCUGCUGGAACAGGCGAGUCCACUGAUAGCUGUGCCUUGGGCAGGAGGAGGCCAGCAGCAGCCAGCAUGGCCAAGACAACUCCCACCUGUUCUCGGGCCUGCCCCUCCUGGGAUGGCAGCAUAGCCGGCUGGACCUUUUCCUUCAACUACCAGGCCACAUGGUCACCAUGGGCAUGACAUGCUGCUUUUUUUAAUUUUAUUUUUUUAUGAAAAGAACCAGUGUCAAUUCACAGACCCUCUGAGAAACCCGGCCGGCCGGGCCCAGCCAGCAACCCCUGUCCCUAGGCUGAGAGUCUUGGGGUAAGGGGUGGCCUUGCCGAGCCUUCAGGAUGGGUGUGGCCCCCUCCCACCAAAGGGUUCACCUCACACUUGAAUGUACAACCCACCCAGCUGUCUGCAGGCCUCCAGCCCCUGCUUCCUGCCGCUGUCCUAUCCUGAGACCCUUCAGCCCCAACCCCUCCACCAAAAGCUGGUACAGGCAGC